UACCAAGUGGUCAGUGUUUUGCUUAUCGCUUUCGUUAUGAGUACUGACACUGCUGUCAGAAUUCUUAUUUAGAUCGUGAUUUUUGUUGUAAUUGAGGCUACUGUGGCCCUCAUAUUUAGAUAAUUAUAUCCAAAGUAUACCUAGUAAUGGCAUAUCAGUUUGCUGGGGUUAAUUUAAUCCGGAUUAUUGAGCAUGUGGAGAGGCAAAGAUUCAAUGCCGAUGAUCCGUUCGAAUUCUCCGACUUUAAUUUUGUGAAAUUAUAUCGUCUGCGAAAACAGGACGUGCAAAAUUUGGAAGAAAUGUUACAGCCAUUUUUACCAGUACAUCCUAUAUCGCACGCGAUAAGUAAUCGCACGAAGAUACUGUCUGCCUUGCGUUUCUUUGCAAGUGGAAGCUACCAGCUGGAUGUAGGCAGAAAUCAUACAGUAACUCUCAGCCAGCCAUCGAUUUCAAGAACUUUACAUGAGGUGUUGGGAGCAUUCAACACUCCAGAAAUAUUGAAUAGAUAUGUCCAUUUUCCAAACACAAUUCAAGAGUUAACCAACACCAGAGAAAGAUUUUUCGCAAAGUACCAGGUACCUGGAAUUAUAGGCUGUAUUGAUUGCACUCACAUAGGUAUUGUGUGCCCAAUCGAAAAUGAACAUAUAUAUAUAUCAAUAGGAAACAUUACCAUUCCCUCAAUGUACAGAUGAUAUGUGAUGAAAAUUUGAAAAUAAUGAACGUAAACAGUCGCUUUCCUGGCAGCACCCAUGAUAGUUUUAUAUGGAGUCAGUCACGAGUUGGGGAAUUUUUGAGAACAUUGUCUGAAGAAUACAUGGGCAGCUUCUACUUACUAGGUGACUCUGGAUACCCUUUACGCCCCUGGUUGAUAACCGCUUACCUACCAGAACCACCUCAAGACACUCCAGAAUCAAGAUUCAAUAAAAAAAUUAAGCAUAUCCGGGUUUCCAUAGAACAAUGCUUUGGGUUAUUAAAAAACAGAUUUAGGUGUCUACUGAAAGAUAGAGUUUGACAUUAUGCACCAGAAACUUGUGCAAAAAUCGUAAACAGUUGUGCCGUGUUGCACAACUUAUGCUUAGAAAAUAAUAUUCCAUUAUAUAAUGAUCAGGAAGAUGUAGGUGAUGGUAACAACUUCAGUGAUGCCUUGGCAGAAGAGAGGGGCAACUUGCCACAUAAUAAUUUUUUGGAGAGGGGUCGACACAUACAAAAUUUCCUAGCGAGAACUUAUUUUUGAAAUAAAUGAAUGGAUACACUAUAGUAUAUUUAUCACAAUAAAAGAGUA